CUACAAACGGGCACACAGAAUCGUCACUCACUAAAUCUCACAUUUCUCAUGUCACCAUCAUCUCUCUCCUUGCGCGCUAAAACCCUGCCUUAAACCCUAAACCCUUUGUUUCUUCUGUUUGUUUCAAUGUCGUCCAUAAUAGCAAGAACCAAAUCAAACCCACUUCUUAAUUCACUCCCUCACUUUCUCACAUGGCCAUCCCUCAAUUUCCGCACCAUCUGCAGCGGCCGUCUAGGCUUCGCCGCUUCCGAUCACGAGCCUCCGCCGCUCGCCGCCGGCACCAAGGUCCUCGAGUCUUUUAAAGAAGAAUUCGAGAUUGGAUCAACCACUGUUACCUUAGAAACUGGCAAAAUUGCCCGGUUUGCAAACGGCGCUGUCGUUUUGGGUAUGGAUGAAACUAAAGUUCUGUCUACUGUUACUUCCUCUAAAGGCGACUCAACUCGUGAUUUUUUACCUCUCACUGUUGACUAUCAAGAGAAGCAAUUUGCUCAGGGUGUAAUUCCUAAUUCCUAUAUGCGAAGGGAAGGUGCUCCGAAAGAACGAGAGCUUUUAUGCGGUCGUUUAAUUGAUCGACCUAUUCGACCCCUCUUUCCUGCAGGAUUUUUCCAUGAAGUUCAGGUAAUGGCAAGUGUUCUUUCUUCUGAUGGGAAACAAGAUCCAGAUGUAAUGGCUGCUAAUGCUACAUCUGCUGCUCUUAUGUUAUCAGAUAUUCCUUGGGGUGGACCUAUUGGGGUGAUACGCAUAGGAAGAAUUUCUGGAAAAUUUAUUGUUAAUCCAACAAUGGAUGAGCUUAGCUUGAGUGAUCUGAACUUAGUGUAUGCCUGUACGAAGGACAAAACAUUAAUGAUAGAUGUACAAGCUCGUGAAAUAUCAGAAAAUGAUCUGAAAGCGGGAUUACGAUUGGCACAUCCAGAGGCGGUUAAAUAUCUUGAACCUCAGUUUAGACUUGCUGCCAAAGCUGGGAAGAAUAAGAAGGACUAUAAACUAUAUAUGGUGUCUGAAAGAACAUUAGAGAAAGUCAGAAAUUUAUCAGAAAAACAGAUUGAAGCUGUUUUUACUGAUUCCUCAUAUGGCAAGUUUGAACGUGGCGAGGCUUUAGAGAACAUUACACAAGAUGUAAAAAGAACACUUGAGGAAGAAUGCGACGAAGAGAGCCUACGAGUUCUUCCAAAGGCAGUAGACACAGUGAGGAAACAUGUUGUCCGCAGGAGGAUUAUUUCAGAAGGAUUUAGAGUCGAUGGAAGAGGUCUUGAUGAAGUUAGGCCUUUAUAUUGUGAGGCUGGUCAUCUGCCUCAAUUGCAUGGAUCUGCACUUUUUAAUCGGGGAGAUACUCAAGUUCUUUGUACUGUGACACUUGGAGCCCCUGGAGAUGCUCAGCGCUUGGAAUCCUUGGUUGGACCUUCAACAAAGCGCUUCAUGCUUCAUUACACUUUUCCACCAUAUUCAAUCAAUGAAGUUGGUAAACGUGCUGGCCUGAAUAGGCGUGAAGUGGGGCAUGGAACUCUUGCUGAGAAAGCUUUACUUGGUGUUUUGCCUCCUGAAGAUGAUUUUCCAUAUGCUGUCCGUAUUAAUUCAGAAGUCAUGGCAUCAGAUGGUUCAACAUCAAUGGCGACUGUUUGUGGAGGUAGCAUGGCUUUGAUGGAUGCUGGCAUUCCAUUAAGAGAACACGUAGCUGGUGUUUCUGUGGGGCUCGUUAGUGAAGUUGACCCCUCAACUGGUGCAAUUAAGGACUAUCGCAUAUUGACUGAUAUUCUGGGGCUGGAAGAUCAUUUGGGGGACAUGGACUUUAAAAUUGCUGGAACACGUAAUGGUGUUAUGGCAAUUCAAUUGGAUAUAAAACCAGCUGGAAUUCCUUUGGAAAUCAUUUGUGAGAGUUUGGAUCAUGCUCUGAAAGGCCGUCUUCAAAUCCUUGACCACAUGGAACGAGAAAUUAAUGCACCACGUAUUCAAAAUGACGAGACUCGCCCUCGACUAGCUACUUUUAAAUUCAGCAACGAGACUCUUCGCCAGCUGAUUGGUCCUCUUGGCGUUCUUAAGAGAAAAAUUGAAGAGGAAACAGGUGCACGAUUGUCUGUUAGUGAUGGCACACUUACUAUAGCUUCUAAGAAUCAAGCUAUAAUGAACAAAGCACAAGAAAAGAUUGAUUUCAUAAUUGGCCGUGAACUUGAAAUUGGCGGAGUUUACAAAGGCGUUGUAAUGUCAAUAAAAGAAUAUGGUGCUUUUGUUGAAUUUAAUGGAGGCCAGCAGGGUUUGCUACAUAUUUCUGAGUUAUCACAUAAACCGGUCUCCAAAGUUUCAGAUGUAGUAUCUGUUGGCCAGCAGCUUUCUUUGAUGUGCAUAGGUCGAGAUGUUCGUGGUAACAUUAAACUCUCUCUUAAAGCCAGUACACCCCAUGUAAGAUCUGAGACGAAUAUUGUGGAAGGAUCUGUUCCUAACGUGAAAGAAAAGCCUAAGGUUUGGGCAUCAGUUGACAAUGUGUCUGAUGGACAAGAUAAGAAGACACCCGUGACAGAGUUUUCAGCGAAUAGCAAUGUCGUAGACUCUACGACUUCAUCAUCGCCAGCAUUUCUAAUUCGAAGUAUUGAAGAUUGUGACGAGGAGGAAAAAGCCGCUGAUCCGAGUCAAGGUUCCAAGAACGAAACUGAAAAUUCCCCGGCUUCAAAACGAGCUCGUAAGUCAAAAACAAAGCCGCCUAAAAAGGACAACUCUCCUUCUACUGUCUCAAGUGCCAAUAUGCCUUCACAUCCUAAAAAUAAAGUGAAAAAUGAGGAAACUGAAGUUGAGAGUUGUGUUAGUGCAAGGAAUUUGAAACUUAAGACAAAGGUCAGUGCCAAGGUCCAUCAAAUUCGUAGACAUGGACUGGUCCUUGAUUUGGGUGGUAAACUACGUGGUAUGCUUCGGUUUGAGAAAAACUGUAAGAGGGAAUUUGAGGUGGGCGAUGAACUGCAAGUCGAAUGUACAAGUUUUUCUAGCAAGGGGAUUCCAGUGAUGGCUUUGCUGGAUGAUGAGUAGCAUGAUGUUAAUUGGUACAUUUCCAAGUUAAAGGCCAUCAAACUAGUGAGACUCGGAAGCUGAGUCCAAGAAAUGUUCCGAAUCAUACGAACUUGCCUGUCAAGAAUUCCCAAGUGCUGAGCAGCUCCAGAGGAUCCAAUUUGACAGUACAAAAACCUAUUUAUCUUUUCAAUUCUUUCCGGUUAAUCAAAUUCGUCCAAAUACAGCAUGAUUCAGCACAGACCUGUUCCCGUUUUUAGCGUUUGAUCAAUAAGAGAAUGACAAAAGCGAAGAUCCAUGCAACCUUGGCAAAUGACCAACUUUUUCACAAGACGAAGGCUCGACUCAAUCAAGAUAGCUACCAUCAACUCCGAAAUAACGAUCGAUCUGAUAUUUAUUAUCAUUUUACAGUCGUCGUAGUAUGUAUUUAAUGAUAAAUAAGAAUGUUUUGGGUUGAAAUUCCAUUAGGUCCAGAAUGAGCUCUGCUGAUUCAUUCAUCCUUCAACUCUGUAGGUUUGAGUGAUAAUUUUUUCAAGAGGAAGUGACAAAACCUCUGCAGAUUUAUGCAGGGUUGUGAUCCAUAAAAAGGCGUCGAUGGUAGUAGCAGAAAUUCAGCAUUUCUCUUUCCGAAAUAAUGUAUUUUUUAAAUUUCAAAAUUCUAUGUCUAUAUAUUAUAGAGAGAUUAUUUUGCUGUUUUUUCUUUGGCAUA